AUGACUAUAGAUUUAUGUCGAUUGACAACACCAGCCAAUGAAAAUCAAUGUCCAACAAGGCCUGAUACUAAAAAUAUUGUCGUGAAUGGAAAUUUACCAAAAAAAAUAUUUGGUGGUGAAGAUACAUCGAUUGUAAAAUAUCCCUAUCACGUAUCAGUGCAAUAUCAUAAUUAUCAUUUUUGUAAUGGUGCAAUAAUUUCACAAUAUCACAUUUUAACAGCAGCAAAUUGUGUGAUGGCUGAUCGUUAUGUUGUAUAUGCAAAUAUCCAAGUGUUAACAAUUCUUAAAUUGUCAUCAGAAAUUAAUUUUAGUGUGUUAUCUAAAGCAGUUUCAAUGCCAACAAAAACUCCAAGUAAUACUGUACGUGUAACGGGUUGGGGUAUAAAUCCAGUGACUGGAAUCAUGACAAAUGAACUUCAGCGUUUAUUUGUUGAAACAAUGGCCUCUUCAAAUUGUGUUAAAAAAUUUCGUGACCAUACAUUUCUUAGGGCAUCCCAGCAUUGUUUAAUUACUAAACAAAAUUCUCAACUAACACAGGGUAAUGGUGGUUGUCCUGUAAUGGCAGGACAAAGAAUUAUUGGAAUUGUUUCUUUCAUUCCUUAUUAUAAAAAAGAUCCUGUUAUUUUCACUUACGUUUAUUCAUAUGUCAAAUGGAUCGAGGAAAUGAAACGAAAAAUUUAG